AUGACUUUACAAAGUUUAUAAGUAAACUGGAAGACAUAAUUAUAUUAAAUUAAAGAUGGUAAAAAAUUGUUAUCACUUUUUAAAUUAUUUUCUAACAUUAUUUUGAUUCAACAUUUAAUUGCAUGCGUAUGGAUUUGGAAUGCUUAUCUGAAUGUAAAUUAAUAACAUAAUUGGAUGAUUGUAAGAAAUAUUACAGACUAAGACUGGACUUACUAAUAUAUUUAAUCUUAUUAUUUUGCUACUGUUACUAUGACUACAGUUGGAUAUGGAGAUAUAGCUCCUACUAAUAGAUAUGAAUAUGUACUUUGUUUAUUAAUUAUGAUGAUUUCUUGUGGAGUUUUCGGAUUUUCUAUAAAUGGGAUUGGCAAUAUAUUUUCUUAAUUCAAUGAAAAAGAAAAUGAGAUAAAAUAAAAAUUGUCAAUAAUAAAUAUAUAAAUGAAAUAAAAUAAUAUUAGUAAUUCUUUAAAAAACGAAAUAAGAUAGUAUUUAGAUUAUGUAUGGAGAGAAAAUAAUGAAAAAUUAACAAAUGACAGUAAUGCUAUUUUUAGUUAACUAGAUGAAAGAUUAAAAAGAGAUUUAUAAUUAGAGUCUAACAAGAUAAUAAUAUAAUAUUUAAAAUAGAAUUUUAGCAAUAAUUUUACUGAAAAAGCUAUAUAGUUAAUAAAAGAACAAUAUUAUAAACCUUAAUAAUAAAUAUUUUAAUAAAAUUAAAUAGUCGAUUAAUUUCUUUAUUAUAUUUAAAAAGGAAGUGUAAUUUUAACUGUUAACAAUCCUUAUAUCACUAGUAAAAUAGUUUCCUGA